UCAGCCCUUGAUACGUAUACUCUCUUUGUGAUUUUAGUUUUCUUUAACUUUCUCCAGUAAAUGACCAGAUAAACCGUAUUCGUUAAAGUAGAGUAAUAUUAUAUUAUGAAUCUUAAGCUAUUUUGUUGCUCGGUUGUUCUACUUGCAAAUUGUGCAACGUUUGCGACAUCACACCAACAUUCACAUGAUGGAGAUCAUGAUCAUCAUUCUCAUGAAGAAUAUGAAGACGUAAAACCAAGUUAUAAAUAUUCUAAACAAGCAAAUGAACAAAUUAAAACUAAGCAAAAACCAGAAACUCAUAAUCAUCAUGGUCAUAGUCAUGAUCACAAUGAACAUCAUCAUGAGAAAAUGGAAACAAAGGAAGUUCCAACAGAUGCAGCCACGUUUAAAAACUCUUUUGGCUUUUGCUUCAGGAGGUUUACUUGGCGAUGCCUUUCUACAUUUAAUUCCUCAUUCAGUUGCACCGCAUAGUCAUGCAGCUCAUUCACAUUCCCAUACUCAUUCUCAUGAUGAUAAUGGCGAGGGAGGUCAUCAUCAUGAUAUGUGGGUUGGAUUGUGGGUGCUUGGAGGUAUUAUAACAUUUCUUGCUGUAGAAAAGAUUGUGCGACUUUUAAAGAUUGGACAUGAUCAUAGUCAUGGUCAUGUUCAUGGAGGACCAGAAAAGAAAGAGUCAGAAAAGAAAGAAUUAAACAAGAAAAAAGAGAAAGAAACAAAGAAAACCGACGAAGAAAAGAAACCAAGCAUGGAAGUUGCUGGAUAUUUAAAUCUUGCUGCUGAUUUUACUCACAAUUUCACAGAUGGUCUUGCAAUUGGAGCUUCAUAUUUAGCUGGAAAUAGUGUUGGAGUUGUUACGACAAUAACGAUUUUACUUCAUGAAGUUCCGCAUGAGAUCGGUGAUUUUGCAAUUCUUAUUAAAUCAGGAUGUUCGAAAAAGAAAGCAAUGUUCCUUCAACUAACAACAGCGGUUGGAGCUGUGGCUGGAAAUGUUUUAGCCCUCCUGGGAGCUUCAGAAGAUUCCUCUCCUUGGAUCCUUCCUUUCACAGCUGGCGGUUUCAUAUAUAUUGCAACAGUCAGUGUUAUUCCGGAGCUCCUGGAGCACAGUACAAAACUGUGGCAGUCACUGAAAGAAAUCUUUGCUCUCCUCUUAGGAGUUCUUAUGAUGGUUCUAAUCACACAUCUGGAGUAA